UCUGCUCUCUUAUUCGUCCCUCCACGGCCUGCACGCUAAAUGGCUGCGCCGCUACCUGUCCCGGCCUCCGAUUGGGUGCGCGGCGCCUCCCCGGCGUGAUAGGUCAGGGCCGCCGCCCCCUGGCUCCCCAUUGGCUGCUGGGCGAAACCCGGUCUCCGGGUAAGAUGGCAGCGGACGGCCAGUGCUCGCUCCCCGCUUCAUGGCGGCCGGUGACCCUCACCCACGUCGAAUAUCCUGCAGGUGAUCUCUCUGGCCACCUCCUUGCGUACCUGAGCCUCAGCCCUGUGUUUGUCAUCACUGGCUUCGUGACCCUCAUCAUAUUUAAGCGGGAACUGCACACUAUCUCCUUUCUCGGGGGCCUAGCUCUGAACGAGGGGGUCAACUGGCUGAUCAAACACAUCGUCCAGGAGCCUCGGCCCUGUGGAGGUCCCCAUACAGCUGUGGGCACCAAGUACGGGAUGCCUUCCAGUCACUCGCAGUUCAUGUGGUUCUUCUCCGUCUACUCUUUCCUCUUCCUGUACCUGAGGAUGCACCAGACAAACAAUGCCAGGUUCCUAGACCUGCUGUGGAGGCACCUGCUCUCGCUGGGGCUCCUCACCGCAGCCUUCCUUGUCUCCUACAGCAGGGUCUACCUGUUGUACCACACGUGGAGCCAGGUGCUGUACGGGGGCAUCGCUGGAAGUCUUAUGGCUGUCGCCUGGUUUAUCUUCACCCAGGAGGUCCUCACCCCGUUGUUCCCCAGGAUAGCAGCCUGGCCCAUCUCCGAGUUCUUCCUCAUCCGAGACACGAGCCUCAUUCCCAACGUGCUCUGGUUUGAGUACACGGUGACUCGGGCAGAAGCGAGGAACAGACAGCGCAAGCUAGGGACGAAGCUACAGUGAGCAGUGGGUACCACUAGGCCCGGCCUCCAGCUCUGGCCUGUGGCACGCCUCGCGGGACAGAGACGAUGGCCCAAGACGAGAGCACGGACAGGCGGGAUGCCGGACAGAGGGAUGAAGCUGAGACCUCGACAGACCCCGGUCACCAAGUGGAGCCUUUUUUUUUUCUUAUUUUAAUUUGGAUGAACAAGAUGGACCAAAGGGCCGAGUCAGCCCCUUGCCAGGACCCUGGAAUUGCUGCUCCUGCACUGCCGCCUGCCCCUGGCUGGCCGGGCGGUGCCCUUGGUGUGGAUGCCAGGUGUGGGGCAGAGGAUGAGAGCUCUUGCCUCUGCUGUCAGGCCAGGGAUGUGAGGUGGCAUGAUGACGUGAGCACCUGCUAUUUAUUUUUCUGUUUUCUCCAAGGCCAGUGGGAUUUUGGAGAUUGGCCUGGAAGGGGCCUGCUCAGUGUGCAGUAGGACCCCGCCAGUGUCCUGGGCACCUUGCUUCCAAGCCCUGAGGGCACAGCCUGCCCUGUUCUGGGCCUCAGGGUGCCUGGGUGGGGUGGGGCAGGAGGAGGGAGCACCCCAGCUCUCCCACCAUGGCCAUUCCAGAACCUUGUGCAGUGUUUCCUUGUCUGGGGAUGGAGCCAGGGCGCGUGUGCUGUACCCUGCAUGGACCCUAUGCCACAAGGGCUUUCUCUGGUCCCCCAUCCCGUCCCCAUGACAACCCUUUUAUGACAAGUGAGCCCAUGCGCGCAGGUGGGCACGCUUCAGCUGUUUACAGCUCUCUGUCCUGCCUCUGGGGGGGCGGACACCUGCCGUCCUGUCCUCCUGCCCCUCCCCCAUAGCCCGGUCUGGGGAAGGGGCUUCCUCAAGGGACCCCGUCCCUGUGUGGCUGCUGCCCCUUCUGGGUGGAGGUCCCUCUCUGCUGCUGAAGCACAAUGUUCCGGUGCUUUCUUUUCCUAUUUGUGGAAGACAACGUCCCAAAGCCGUUCCAGACGCCCGGCCGGGGGCUUCGCCCAGGGAAGGUAGGUCAGGACUCCCACCCCUUCUCCCCUGCCCUUCCCUGGUUAUUUUUAUUUUGUACUUUUUGCCUGAGACAAGCCAAGUGUGAGGUGGUUUGACUUAAGAAACAUCAAUGAAAUUGUUUACUAUCAUUUUCAAAUAAACUCUGAAACUCGGAGA